AUGGCCCUGAAAAACACCUGGAAACUUUGGGUAACGGAUGAAUUAUUAGAUUGGGCAGAAGAGUUGGAGAAGUGUAAUGCUGUCUCAGUCCACUUUGAAUUCCUACAGUUUUUCCAGGGCUUACAUGAGACUCAGGACGAAAACUUUGCAAGGCAGAUUUUGAAUCACCUCCUUGAAGCUGAUCUCGACAUUUAUGGAAACUGUUAUGAGCUGAGAAAUCCAAGGUGCAAACUCCAAAAACUGACGUGCAAAUCGGUAUCUUCCAUGAAGAUUCUGAAGGAGCUUGUCUUUGUGUUUCAUGGUAAGCACAAGCUGACCCAUCUGGACCUGGGCUCUAACAACCUAGGAAUUACUCUGAAAAGACUGUGGGGGCCCAUCGAGACAUCCAACUGUCCCCUGAAGGAGCUGUCACUGGAGAAAUGCAAACUGUCAGUGGCCAACUGUCAGGACCUGGCCUUGCUUCUCACCAGCACCCAGGAAAUUACUCACCUGUACCUGGGAAUUAAUCAGCUCCAAGAUGUUGGUGUAAGGCUGCUGUGUACUUCCCUGACUCACCCCAAGUAUGUCUUGAGAUUGGUGCUCUGGUUCUCUCAGCUUGGUGCACCCAGUUGUAGAUAUUUGUCAGAUGCUCUCCUCCAGAACAAGAGCUUGACACACCUGAAUCUGUGGAAGAAUAACCUGGGAGAUGAGGGAGUGAAGUUUCUCUAUGAGGCCUUGAGUCGUCCAGAUUGCAACCUGCAGUACCUGGACUCGUCAGAUUGUUCUUUCAUGGUGGAGAGUUGUCGAGAGCUUGCUCCCUCCCUCAAGCACAAUCGUAAUGUGAAGAUUCUGGAUGUUGGGAAAACUGAUGGUCAGGAUGAUGGGGUGAAAGAGCUGUGCAGGGUUCUGAAACGUCCAAAUUGUAUGUUGGAGACACUUGGGUUGGAGAAAUGCAAUUUAACACCUGAUUGCUGCCAGCAUCUCUCUUCUGUUCUCAGAAGCAGUAAAAGCCUGGUUAAUCUGAACCUUUUAGGAAAUGACCUGGGCUGA